ACAUAAAUUAAAAGCAAAGAGUAAGAGUGAUUUGACCAAGAAGAAAAUAUUUUCAAAGGCCUCUCAUCAGAAGCAGCAAGAUUAUGAAGUUAAUAAUUUGGUGAAGUGCUUUAAUGGUUAUUUUACCCCUCGUUUAUCUCUUUUGGUGGAAAAAAAGAUGAGGAUUGCUGUUUGGAAUCAUUAUUUUGGCGGUUUUG